AUGGAUCCGGUUUUCUUUGUCACCCGCGAAGAGAUGCACGAAUUCCAGAUGGAAAUGCGGCGAAUGAACCAUAUCCAACAAACGCAUGGCGAACGAAUACGUGCAGUAGAGAAACGCCAGGCGGAUGAUGCCGCUCUCAAGUCUGUGUGGAACUCCCCGUUCCCAAGCGUCCUCGGGGGGACACCUCAGCACGGACCGGUGCGCAUGCCUUCGAAUGACCUGCUUGACGAUCUCGCCCGCGAUGAACACAAUCUGCUCGGGGGGCUGCCUCUCGAUACGGAGGACGAGCCGAUACGGCGGGGGGCGGCUUCACGGGCCAACAGUGUUCGAUUCGACGAAAGCGCUUUACACGGUGCCAACCCCAGUGGCCAUGGCGCCCGCCACUCUGGCGACUUCGGCCUCAGCCGCCCUGGGAGCAGCUUCGGGGGUCAUCAGAUGGAGCGGUCAUACUCCCACAAAUCAGAUGGCAGACACAGCUCCGCAGGGCACUCGGUUCACUCGCUACAUUCGGGCAUGUCGGGACGUAACGGCAGCUUUGCGCUGGACAAUACCUUUGCAGUUGGUGGCCAGGAGGAUGAUUCGGCCUUGGACAUCCCAGAACCGCCUCCCGCCAUGUACGUUCUGGGCGCACCGCCAUCCAUCAUCCGCUGCUGGCUAGCCGCCAACUUCACGAAUGCCUCGCUGUUGUAUGCCGUGGUAUGCACGGGGUCCCAGAAAUCGACGGUUGAAUACUCGCUACUCAGGCAGCUCGAUCUCACCAACAACAUACAUCGGGACGUGGACGGGACUUACAAGGUUACCCUUCCCGUGUUCUUGGCCGAGGCCACCGUCACGCAAUCAAACUCGCGGUCCGCAAGCUCAAUUCCGCAUCUCCCAAGCAUCACAGCGUCCUUUGAGGUGACGGGCAUGGAUCAACAGGAAUCGCCCAACUCCUCAAACACCAUCCGCAUCUUCAUUGGCAGCUACACUCUACGCCUGCACGGUGCUGACAUUUUGCUUUCUCGGAACCUGAUGACACUUUACGGCAGCGACCGCGACAAGCUCUCCGUCCCGUUCGUACGCCCCGAAGAUGACGGCAUGUUCAAGAACCUCACCACGGGCACCCUGGUGUCGAGCAGGCCGAGACUGAACGCCACCGCCCCGGUGUUUGUCGCUGCUGAUGCAUCAGUAAACGGCUCCGUUCAGGGUGCCAAAGAAGGUGGUACCUCGGUGUCCGAUGGAAUGCUGUCGCCGACGGCGCCCUCGAGCCAGCCAGCCAAGACAGCGACCACCAGCGCGGCAUCCGAAAGCGGGGAAGAAAGCGAGAAACAUACCACACAGCUCCCUGCACCAACCCCCACCGAAGGGGGUUCACAAAUACCCGGGUCGAUGGAACUCCACCGCCGGGACUCCAACUCGGCCAUCCGUACACCAUGGCGGCAGGCCGCGGCCGCUCCCGGAGACAACACUACGCCGCUGAGUGGGUAUCAGCCAGCGGCGCGGUCUCGGAACAUGAAGGUUCUCAAGCCGACCAAGUCACACAGCUCGACGACUAGGACCGGAGCAGCAUACGAGCCAGCACCAGCACCUCGCACGGCCACCGACCAGAGGCGGAAGCCACAGGCGGAGGGAGGUUGGGGAAGCACGAAACGCAGUGUGAGCGUCUCCGCCUUGACUAGCCUCGGGGAGGGAAAGCAGACGGUCAAGGAAGGGAAGCAGACGCCCAACAGCCAGGACACGACGGGAAAGGCACCGCUGACUGCUCGGUCCGGGAAUAACCCCCUCGGAAGCGCCUCUGCCUUCUCCUGGAUCGCGCCGAAGCCGAAGGCGCCUACUAGCACCGACUAA